AUUCGGGGCUGGUGGAUCUUGUCUCUUCACUUCUAUGAUUCUAUAUAAAACACCUCACACAUGGACUCGACUGUGCAAGCAUAGUACAAUCUGGUACAAUAUACGUACCCAGAGAUACGUAGUAACGUACUUAUGGUGCAAGCAUAUGUAGACUACGUACAUAUAUUAUAUCUGAGGCACCAAAAAGUUAGAUACCUGAAAGAUCAGAAUGUCUGAAGGUCUGACAAACGAUACAAGACAGGAGGCAAAUGUAGCACUCAUGGAAGUGGAGAAAGGUCUUCGUUCCAGUCGUGUGGGUGACCAGUGCGAGGCCAUAGUCAAGUUUCCGUCCCUCAUUGAUCGGUUUCCAUUUCCUAUCCUCAUCAAUGCUGCUUAUCUGAAACUGGCCGAAGUGUACAGAACCAGUAUAAAUUUUCUUCGCCUUAACAUCCUGAAAGUACUGCAAGUAACAGAGAAGCACCUGAACAAAAUCACAAGUGUGGAUGAGUUCCUCCGACGCAUCUACUCCGUCAUUCAUAGCAAUGACCCUAUUGCCAGGGCUGUUACAAUGAGAGUGUUUGGAAGUAUUGCGAGCAUUGUCGCUGACAAAAAAAAUGUCCACCAUAGUAUCCAUCAUGGACUGGAGUCCACUGAUCAGGUAGAGGCCAGUGCUGCCAUAUAUGCCACUCAUUGUCUCUGUGAGCACUCUGCGAUAUUCGCUGCUGGAGUCUACGACAAGAUUGCCACUAUGAUACAAGGUUUAACAACUCCUGUCGAGAAGAAACUCGAUUUAAUCCCAAUACUAGAUCUGAUGCAUCAUGACACAGAGACAGUUACGCAGGUUCGCGACCUUUGUGUCAGACUGUUGCUCUCCCACCCGUCUCUUUCACUGGUCUCUGCCCUCCUCCAGACACUUACCACCCUCACGUUACACACACUAGUGCACAGUACAGACCAGGUGAAACUGCUGCUAUACUAUGCUCAAGGCGACAGUAGGAAAGUGAUUCGACAGAAAGCACUCUCCCAGCUCAACAAGUUAGUGUCACAGGUCCCUCAUAUCUGGUCUAAGAACAUGAUACAGGGGUUAUACCUUGUUGUGGACAGGGCCGGUAGAGACAAGGAGAAGUCAUCAGGGCUACAUGCUCUCUACAUUCUUUCCCUCUCAGCUGCAGUUCACAACAUGACUUUUCUUAAAGAUAAACUGCUACCAUUCACCUACUCUCAGUCCGCAUCCCUAGCUAUUUAUUCUAUUGGAGUAGUCACCAAUAUCAUUGUGGCAAUGCACAAGAAAGGAGUAUGUGAGUGCGCAGAGGUGGUGGAGGUUGUAAAGAUGACAAUGGAAGUAUGCUUGCUCACUGAUUUCAGAGAGUUGAAAGAACACUGUCUCUUUAAGGUUGCGCUGAGUAGUUUGGUUAGACUCACAGGUGCUCACCAUGACGUCAGCCAAGUUGUACUGGAUUGUCUGCUCUCCCUGCUACCAUUACUACUAGGUGUUCAUGCCUCAGUGGUCUGUCAGGCAUUGGUAUCCACAGCAACUAUUACAUCAGGUGCGUGGAUGCACAUCAUACCAAAGCUGAUGGAGUACCUGGACAACACAGCUAAUACACAGCAGAUGCUGGUACCAGUGACAGCAGUCUUCGUGCAACUGUUUGCCAGUGAGUUUAGCCAGGAAGCUAGGGAAGAGCAUAUGUCCUUGGUCCUCCCCAAACUACUCUCUCUCCUGUGGGGUUUGGAGCAUCCUUCUCGACUAUGGCUAGCUUAUAAGGUUGCCAGGAAGGCCUCUAUAAUGGGUAUCCACGAAAUAUCCAUGCCUAUUUACUCAAGGCUCUCAAAAUUGGUGACAGCAGUGAAGUACCGCAAUUGGUUGAACGCUCUUUGUCAGUUCUGUGAGGCUCAGUCUCUGGUGUUGUCAGCAGCCAGAAAGUCUGCAACCUACUCUGACCUCAUAUCCUCUCUCUGUCAGUCUUCUUCUAUGGUGCACAAUGCCAUCAUGUUCCUCAAGGCUUCAGAUCCUCCGUCUUUGUUUGGCGUCCAGUUCCUCUCUGUGCACGCCUCAUGGCUGAGCACCCACAGUCAAUUGCUGGCCACCUGUGUCAGCCUAUCUACCAUGCCCCCUCCGAGCAGUGACCUUAGUAGAAGUACUGAGAAGAAGUUUCAAGAAUGCGUAUCUCAGUUCCAGUUGUUGAGUCAGAUGUAUGAUAAACUCUACACUACUCUGUUUGAUGCCGAUCCCUCCACCCUCGAAUAUGUUACACUCUUGCAGCAGUCGUGUCUACUAAUGGCCAGUAUUAUAUCAUCAAUAACAUGCUCACGCAGACCAUUAGUAAGCCCCAAACCAUCAACUCCAAGCUCAGGCUGUGUCCCUGUGCUUGCUCCUGUUGAGAUGUCAGACAAUUUUAAUACCAAGUUUCUCUUGGGGCAGAUCUGCAGGAGUGUCUAUCAGAGAGCUCAAUCAGCUGGAGAGUCCAUUCAAUCACUGCCGAUUGGGGAAAAGCACUCAUCUUUGCUAAAGGAAUUUUGUCAAAUGCUUCUUAGUGUGCCUGUUUGUCUACCACAGUAUAUGUUCGUCUCAUUACAGCAGACCACGGUCAAGUUGGCCCUAUCUCCUCCCAUUCCGCCCACUGGACAGCAUAUUUCGCUCAUCUUGGACACUCAUCUGACACUCAAGGUGGAAGGAGUCAUCCAGCAUGCUGGAAAACAGAAAAUGUAUAGGUCAUUGCGUGCUGUUCAUGUGAGAGUGAAACCAGAAGUAGAAAAGCUUGUGUCUCAUAAUACAAAGACUCUAGAACCUAAGACGUUAGAGCUUACAGAGCCGGUUGAGAAGGACUAUUUUCAAACCCAGUUUGUACUUGCUUUACCCCUACCUGGAUACUAUGUAGUUCAUAUUGAGGCAAGUCUGCUCGACAAUCAUGGAACUGUGUGGCACACUGGGCACAAAGAGACCCUGCCAGUAGUGGUAAACACAGAAGAAAAUUUGAAGCUAAAAUCAAAGGAGAACCUUCUUCCCAGACCUGGCAGCGGAGACUCUAAACAACCACAAAGGAACAACUGACUGAAUUUACUGCUUAGAUACUGUAGUUGAUCGAUAUAUAAAUGCAUGGCUAUAAUCCAACUUUAAGUUGCCAACAAAUUCAUGUCAA